GAAAUUAACGAAAUGUCGAACGAAUGCAAGAAAUGCACGCAAAAACGCGAAUUGCAUGCAAACAACGAAUACACCGUAUUUAUCUUCGCUUGUUGAAUUUAAUGUAGUGACCAUGUCUCCCAUUAAGAGUAUUUGAUAUUAAUAAUUCGAAUAAAAUAAAUUAAAAUAAUGGAACUAUAAAAUUCCAGUAACAAGCUCAUUCAGAAAAAGUUUACAAUGUCGACCCCACCACCCCAGCCAAGACGAUCCGCCGGCGCAGGCGAUAGUAAAAAAAAUACCCCACCGCCCUCCAGUAUUGUUACCAGGAAUGGAGCACGCAAGGCCAAGAUUCAGACUCGUGCCAUGUCUGCUGGUGCUAAGCCCUCAGCUUCAGUUCUAGCUGCUAAGAAAAAGGCUUUGCAUAAGAAGAAACAAACAGUCGACACUGUUUUAAGGGAUCACUAUCAAAUUGCCAUGGAGUCCAAGAACAAGGUGAAGGGCCCCACCGGGUUCGUGACGGAGCCCCGCAUGGCGGAGCACCGCUGUCUCUGGGACGCCAACUACCCGGAGUGCCCGGAGAGGCUCGUCAGUGUUAUCGAUAGGUGUCGCGAACUUAACCUGAUCUCGCAAUGCCAAGAGUUCUCGCCGCGGGCAGCUUCCAAAGAGGAGCUGAGUUCCCUUCACUGCCCCUCCGUGUACGAGAUGCUGGAGACCACUCACAACAACCACGACGCGGAGUACCUCGAACGGCUGUCCGCGAAGUUCGACGCUAUUUACAUACACCCUAGCACGCACGAACUGGCGUUGAUCGCCGCCGGGUCGACUAUAGACAUGGUAGACCGUAUAGUCUCUGGCGAGGUACAAAACGGGGCGGCCUUCGUGCGCCCCCCGGGGCACCACGCCAUGAGGGCGGAGCCCUGCGGCUACUGCUUCUACAACAACGUCGCUUUGGCCGCUAAGCAUGCCAUAAACAAACACGGACUCAAGCGUAUACUGAUAGUCGAUUGGGACGUACACCAUGGGCAGGCGACGCAACAAAUGUUUUAUGAUGAUCCCAGAGUGGUAUACUUCUCCGUCCACCGCUACGAGCACGGGUCGUUCUGGCCCAGCCUGCGCCAGGCCGAGUGCAGCUUCGCCGGCGCGGGCCGCGGCGUCGGACACAACUUCAACGUGCCCCUCAAUAAGACCGGGAUGACUGAUGCGGACUAUCUCGCCGUUUGGCACCAACUGCUUUUACCCAUGGCUUUCGAGUUCUCGCCCGAGUUGGUUAUCAUUUCGGCCGGUUACGAUUCGGCGUUAGGCGAUGAAAAGGGCGAAAUGGAGAUCACGCCGGCUUGCUACGCGACGCUGCUCCACUUGCUGUCGUGUGUGUGUGUGUCUGUGUGCGUGGUGCUGGAGGGGGGGUACUGCCUGGCGUCGCUGGCGGAGGGCGCUGCGCUCACACUGCGCACUCUGCUGGGACACUCGCCGCCUGUGCUGCAGACGAUCGCCGAGCCGAGCGAUGAAAUUCGCGAAUCCAUACUCAACUGCAUAUAUGUCCACAAGCCAUAUUGGAAGUGCUACAACUACCAACAGACGUACAGCGUCGACAACUCGGUGCCGAACGUGUGCGACGGCAAGAAAGAGAAGCAUGUGGUCACGCUGAGGUGGGAGGGAGACGAAACUAGGCCGGAGACUUUCGCCACGAGGGACUGCUAUCCGUUGCAGGAUGAUCAGACUAAGAAGGAGAUUGCUCGAAGGCUGAAUCACUUGAGGAUAGUGACGGAGUUGAGAUCGCCACUUCACUCAGUCGGCUACAUAUACGACGAAGCCAUGUUGAAACACAAGAAUAUUUGUGAACCUGACCACGUGGAAUGCCCUGAACGCAUCAUGAGGAUACACGAACGCCAUCGCGAUUUCGGUCUGCUGUCUCGGCUGCAUAUCCUCGAAAGCGCCAGGGCUUCGGAAGAACAGAUCCUGGCUGUCCAUUCCCCGAAGCAUCUGAAAAGGUUAAAAGAGUUGGCAACUACAAAAUUGAGGGAUUUGAACAACCAGCGUGAGGAUUACGAUUCUAUAUAUUUCCAUCCGGACUCUCUAGAAAGUGCGGCUGUGGCUGCCGGCUGUGUCAUACAGAUGGUGGACGCGGUCCUCAACAACGUGGUGGGCAGCGGCGUGUGCGUGGUCCGGCCGCCCGGGCACCACGCCGACGCCGACGCCCCCAGCGGGUUCUGUUUGCUCAACUCCGCCGCCGCGGCCGCCGCCCACGCCCUCCACGCACACGGGCUCACGAGGGUGCUGAUCCUGGACUGGGACGUGCAUCAUGGCAACGGGACUCAGAAGAUUACUUACGAAGAUGAUAAGAUCCUAUACAUGUCGAUUCAUCGUUACGACCACGGUUCAUUCUUCCCGCACUCGACGGACGCGGACUACGCGGAGGUGGGGGAGGGCAGAGGGGAGGGGUUCAACGUAAACGUGCCGUGGAACAAGCGCGGCAUGGGAGACACGGAGUACCUGGCGGCGUUCACACAAGUGGUACUACCGAUUGCUUACGAGUACAACCCUGAGUUGGUCAUCGUGUCGGCUGGGUUCGACGCCUGUGUCGGGGACCCUUUGGGAGGUUGCAAAGUGACACCAGAGUGCUACGGGCGCAUGACGCAGCUGCUGCGCGGGCUGUCGGGCGGCCGCGUGGUGCUGUGCCUCGAGGGCGGAUACAACGUCACCAGCAUCUCCUACGCCAUGGCUAUGUGCACGAAGGCAUUGCUAGGGGACCCAGUCUACCACCACUACGAAACGAAACCAGCCCCCCAUUGGACCGCUGUGGAAUCCAUCAAUAACGUAAUAGCAACCCACAAGAAAUACUGGAAGAAUCUCAAGUUCCAAUUGGCGUUGCCGUUAGAGAAUGUUUUGGAAGAACCGCUGCCGUCUCGAGGUCUAAUAGUUGAAGAUGAAAAGACAAAUCUUUCGACGGAUGUGUCGUUGUCUAUUACUAUAGAGUCGAAAAAUGGAAGCCAUUUGGACGGAUCCCUUGAGAGAAAUAUGGCGAAUUUGAGCAUAGACAAACCAAUUUGCUCUGAUGUGGUUCAUUGUGGAACUGAUGAUGAAGGAAAUAAAUCUAUUUGUUCAGAUGGGAUACAUUGUGGUACUGAUGAUGAGAACGAAAAUUUGAAUUCUGGAGAUAAGUCCAUAGAGAAAAAAAUAUCUGCCAAGAGCAUAGACAAACCAUGUUCUGACGGAAUUCACUGCGGCCUCGGAGAGGAUAAGAAAGACAAAAGUGGACCGUCUAAUAGCAAACAAGGAACUUCCAUAAACAAAACUGAAAAUACCAUAGAAAAAAGUGGUCCAUCAAAAGUUAAAACUGAACUGAACGAAAGCAAAACUGGACCGUCGGAAGUUAAAAGUGGAUCAAGCGAAAGUAAAAGUGGACCAUCGGAAGUUAAAACUACUACAGAAAGCGAAAGUACAGAGAAGGCAACUUUAGUGGAUUAUUUAGCGGAAAACAUGCAAGCAAUAGUGAAUGGUGAAAUGUUUGCGGUGAUACCGUUACCAUGGUGUCCACACCUGGAGUCGAUGUAUGUGAUUCCGGAGACGGUGAAGUUCGAACAAGGAGUGAGGUGUGUAGAGUGCAAUGAAACUGUCGAGAACUGGGUGUGUCUGCACUGUUAUAUCACGGCGUGCGGUCGCAGUAUAAACGGGCACAUGCAAUCCCACUACCGCAACACACAGCAUCCGCUGGUGCUCUCGCUGUGUGAUCUCUCGGUGUGGUGCAACGAGUGCGACGCGUACGUCGACCACCCGCUGCUGUACGACGCGAAGAAUAACGCCCACAUGUGCAAGUUUGGCGAACAAAUGCCCUGGUGUUAUAAGAGUGACACUAUCCAUAUGCAGUGAUGUUCGUGUAGUGCUGUGUAAUAGAAUAAUCUCGUGUGAAAAUCGUAAUAAAAUUGCACCGGAUAUUCAUUCAAUAAUACAAUAAAUAAAAUCUCCAAAUUUUACAUACACGCAUCAGCUUAAUUUGCUGAUAGUGUUAUUAAAUAAUAGUAAUAAACUAUUUACAAUUCGAUUUAUAUGCUCGAAACUUCGUCACUUUGCUGUGUAGUAGUCAUUGCGUCACAAUGCCAUAUCGUGAGAUGCUAUGAUCAAUCCUAUGCGAUUCAAAUCAUUUUAGUAACUAAUCUUUUCACAGUCAACCAGUCACAGUGCGACAUUAUAAUGACGACAACUACACCGCAAUGUUAUUGGUUAAGGAUUGGAGUCACACUGCGAAAAAAAUGUGUAAAACGAAUUGCAAAUUCGCAUUAUGGCCUCUGAUGUUCUAAUUAUACACCAUUUUUAUACACCAAACGAAUGAAUGCCCAUUCUAUACUGCUAUGGUCAGCCAUUGGUUGGACACCCAGAGUUGGGAUAGAAUGAUGCAUCCAUUUGCUUGGUGUACAUCAGCCUUAAUGGGAUGACACUCGGCCAAUGAAGGCAAAUGAAUGUGUGAAGAAAUAAAUACAUAUUUGUUGGACUUUGUUGAGUCUGUGUGGUAAAGUAACAGUAUUGUGAAAUUUCGACUUGCCAUAUCUUAAAAUAGUAACCAAAAUAACUGAAAUCAAUUAUUUAGUGUCUAUUUGUUUUUGUUUUUUGCGACGAAUAUUAUACACUAUUGGGGAAGUAUCUUGUAGUUUGUGUUAUAGACAGACUUCGAAUUAUGCCUUAUUAUGGAUUCCCAAAUCUGCCAACACUGGUGGCAGACCUUAUUCCUACCGCCAAAAGGCAUCUGACAUGACUUGACUACUACUGCGCCUGAAAUGUCGACGCAUAAAAUUUACUUUUUUUAAUAUAUUAAAUUGUGACCUCCAUUCUUUAUGUAUGUAUAAUGUUUAGUACAGUAUUAAAAUUGGUGCUAACUAAACUACUAACGCACAGUACAAAUGGUAUGCACGCAGUUAACAUCCUAAUUUUAAAACAACAUUAUUUAAUUUCACAUUUGUCAUCAGAGUCAUUUACCUUUAAAGGUCAGAUAAGGAUAAUGCAUUUUUU